AUGGGUAUACGGGCAGCAUACAAGGAAGAUCUACAGGCAUCCUCAGCAGAAUUGGUUUACGGAGAACCACUAAGGCUUCCAGGGGAAUUUCUCCAAGAAACCCCGAAGGAAACGACAAACAACACGAGUGACUUCAUCGCGAAUCUAAGGCGAACUAUGAGAGAACUACGGCCGCAAUCCAUAAAAAGACAUGGAGCGUCUGCAACGUUCGAACAUAAAGACUUGAAAAACACAACUCACGUUUUUCUAAGACAUAACGCGCCAACUCGAGCAUUACAGCCAACAUUUGACGGCCCAUAUGAAGUACUCGCAAAAACAGAAAAAACCUACAAGUUACGGAUAAACGGAAAAAACGUUCACGUAACAAUAGACAGACUCAAACCAGCGUAUAUGAUGGCAGAUUCUAACGAUACCAAAAACGCACCUGUUACGCAACCGGCCACGUCGGUUACACAAGUAGGGUAUAUAGGGGGAUUCUAA